AUGGGCAAGAGUUUUUCGUCGAAUCAACCACGACUUGAAUUACUUCCUAAUGAACUUUUCAUUGAAAUUUUUCAAUAUAUCGAUUCCACUGAUCUUCGUAAUUUCAAAGGUCUUAAUAAACGAAUUCAUGACAUAAUCGAAGCUUUGAGAAUCGAUAUUAAUGUCCAUCGUAUGGAAACAGUGAAUACUACAUUUUUAUCUGCUUUUAAUCCAUCACAAAUUAUUCGUCUGGACAUGCGUAAUCCCUGGUCCUCAAUGAAUUUGACGAGCAUGAUGAAACUUCGAUCGCUCACACUUGACUGCGGUUGUCUUACACGCAAACAAGUAGAUCAGAUGACCACACUCACUCUACCUUAUUUGGAGCGGCUUUCCGUUCACAAUGCAACUCUUGAACUGCAAAAACUUUUACUUGCCACAAUUUUUCGUGGCGAACAUUUUCCUUCGCUCAAAAUAUGUCAACUUAAAUUAAAACCUACUCAUGAUUUAAAACUCUGCAAUACUAACCGAUUACCAAACAACACCGUUCGUUCUUUGACUAUCAACAGCAAAUGGAGCUGGCACGAAUUCGAGUUUUUACUGAAUCAAUUACCUCAUUUGCGUCGACUGGAAAUAAAUCUUUCAGAGCUAUAUUCGGUGUCAGUUACGUCUAUUCAUCCUCGUUCAUCAAUCAAAAAUCUACGAAUCACAUUGAAUGAUCCGUUAAAUGAUCUGAAAAAAUUACUGAAACUGACACCCAAUCUCGUUCGAUUACGUAUUCGUGGUAGUUUCGGAAGCAGUAGUGCGCUCGAGCAUUUUAAUGAGAUAGCCAAAGUGCUGUCCGAUCUUGUGCCUGGUCUUAAAUAUUUCGACUGCGAACUAUACUCUUAUUCAUGGGAGGGUAGCAAUGUACAGAAUAUACGAUGGCUUCAUCGACUCUAUAAAGAUGUCCAAUGUCUUUGGGGACAACAUCGAAACCAGUGUUAUGCUACUGAUAUUAACACUUAUCCAACUCCUAACGAGUAUGAAUGUGAGUAUCUUGAUGAAUCUGUUUUUUAA